AUGCUUUCAAUGAUCCUCUGGAUGCCUCCGAGCCAGUGGCUAGCCUCCCACUGCUGUACUGCGAGGUGGGUGACGUCGCGCAGUGCAAGUAUGGCAGUGGCUGGUCUCUCUGCAUCUACGAGGUCGAGGAGGCGUGCAACCUACCAAGCGGGGCCUCCUGGAUGCUCACCUUGGAGACUCGCGAGGAGUGUGAGCUUUGGUGCCAAGCUCUGA